GCGUGGUCACUUGUAGUAGUAGCCAAUAGGAGGCCAAGGGGCGGGGCGUCUUCCCCAAACACGAAAAGAGAGAGGAGCGGGGAAAAGGAAUCCGCAUGUUCAGAGCCCGGCGACGACCCAGGCCCGCCCAUUAGCGAACAAACAUUAUCACUUUAUCGACGCUUCAUUGCGAGUCGAAAUGUCCAGCUUCAACUGGAAACCCUUCGUUUACGGCGGACUGGCUUCCGUGACGGCGGAGUGCGGUACGUUCCCCAUCGACUUGGCCAAGACGCGGCUUCAGGUGCAAGGCCAAGUGGGCGACAGUAAAUACCGAGAAAUUCGCUACCGAGGCAUGCUGCACGCCAUCGCCAGGAUAGCACGGGAGGAGGGCGUUCGAGCGCUGUAUUCCGGAAUCGCUCCCGCCAUGCUGCGCCAGGCAUCUUAUGGGACCAUCAAAAUUGGAACAUACCAGAGCUUCAAGAGAUUGCUGGUUGACAGGCCUGAGGAUGAGACGUUGUUGACGAACGUCCUGUGUGGCGUUCUCUCUGGAGUUAUCUCCUCCUCCAUCGCCAACCCCACUGAUGUGCUUAAGAUCCGCAUGCAAGCCCAGGGAAGCGUGAUCCAGGGCAGUAUGAUGGGCAACUUUAUCAACAUUUAUCAGGAGGAAGGCACCCGGGGACUUUGGAAGGGCGUCUCUCUAACUGCUCAGCGAGCGGCCAUUGUGGUCGGAGUGGAACUACCCGUCUAUGACAUCACCAAGAAGCAUCUGAUCCUGUCGGGUCACAUGGGCGACACCGUGUACACACAUUUCUUGUCUAGUUUUGUGUGUGGUCUCGCGGGGGCGCUGACCUCCAACCCCGUGGAUGUGGUCCGGACGCGUAUGAUGAACCAGAGAGGAGGCGCUUUGUACCAGGGAACCAUGGACUGUCUGCUGCAGACGUGGCGCUCGGAGGGCUUCAUGGCGCUCUACAAGGGCUUCUUCCCCAACUGGCUGCGCCUGGGCCCGUGGAACAUCAUCUUCUUCCUCACGUAUGAGCAGCUCAAGAAGAUCGACGUCUGAGUGGCGGUACGGGAGCGUACUUAAACGUUAAAGAGGAGCACAGGUUCCGAGACGAGAGGGCCAAGACUGUCUCGGACUGUGAGGGGAGCCUUAAUGGAACCACUGGGUCAACAAGGUUUAAUGGACACCCACGUGGGUCGGGGGGGUCUUGUGUGGACUACGUGUUUCCUCAAGCCUGCUGCAGCUUUCGCGAAAACGGCCUGAGACAGAUACGCUUCUUUUUGCCCAACUUUUCUUUUUCGAGUCGGCUGACAGAUCCACGCACCCCGCUCUGGGACCGCCGCCCUGGCCCCCCGUUCACGUUCCAGGCUUUAAUGUCUGCGGAAUAACGUCGGCUCGUUUGCCAGGCCUCCGCUUCAAAGCGGCGUCUAAAUUGAGUGCCUUAAAAAAAGUUUGCCAGUCAAGGAUGUUGCGCGAGUUGGAGAGCAGCUGACAAUCACUGCAGCCAUUCCCCUCUGAGUUAGCAAGCUGGUGAGGGUGAGUCCACACACUUCAAAAAGGCUUUGUUGUGUGCGUUUUAAAAAAAAAAUCUUUCUAAAUUAGGGGAUAUUUAGGCGAGGAAACUUUGGUAUACCCUGAAUUAUUAUAAUAGGGUGGAUAUAUGUCAUGUUUACUGCUUGUUUGCACUCCAGCUGUGUGCAUCUAUUUAAUAUAUCGCCUGGCUUUUCAGUCGGAGAUGUUGCAUUUUUGUAUUUUAAUGUUGUAAUGGCUGCUGCUGGAUGAAUAUUAAAAAAAAAAAACAAAAAAAAAAAAAACUGUUGACGUUCCGUGCUUUCACCACAGUGAGAGCAGCUGACGAUGACUGCAGCGAUUCCCCUCUGAGUUAGCGAGCUGGUGAGGGUGAGUCCACACACUUCAAAAAGGCUUUGGUGAGUGUGUUU